GCAGUGUUUGCUGACAUUGUGCGUGUGACUCACUGUGUGGGCGUCGUAUAUCUGCCCCUCUCGAUGGACCUGGGACUGAUCAGCACAGACGGCGCCACAUCGUACUCGGAACUGCCCAAGCUCGGAGUGUCCUUGACAGAUCUGACACAGGAAAAGUGGGCCUGGGCCAAGGUCAUGGAUGCCUAUAUCCAUCCCGAGGAAGUCUGGUCAAUGAAGUACAACGAACAGAUGCAGGACAACCUCACCCACGAUAGUACCACCCGAUCAAGUGCCAGGGAUGAGCAGGAGUACGCGGGCUUCAAAGAUCUGAUGUACAACCAAAGCAUAUGGGAGCACUACAACGAGAUUUACCAAUCGCUGAGAAAGCCCUUUCGAAGGCGCAUCUUCAAUACCAUCGCCCUGGACGAAACCAACAACUUUCGGUUUCUGUCAGCGCUGGUACACCGACUCGACUUUCACUCCAAAGACCCGGAACUGGCAGCCCGAGCCGUCGCCGCCAUCCCUUACGAGUCGCGGCGUGUGCCAUCGUCGCCCGUCAGUCAGUCGUACCAGUCGCUCCUCUCGAUCGCGGAAACCGAGAACCUGGACCGAUCCGAGCCCCCGCCUUGGAACUCUAUCGCUGGAUGGAGGACUCAACUCAAUGCACCGGCGAUGGCCUGUCUGAACAUACACGAACGCAUCAACUCGCCCUCGACCAUGAUUAUCAGGAAGCGCGGAAACCUAAUGGAGCAUGCUGUACUACUCUGUGGUCUGCUCAUUGGCAUGGGAAAGAAUGCCUUUGUCGCACUGGGCAAGGCCAAGAAGCGGCCGUAUGCAUAUGUGGUCACGAUCGAUCCCGCUCCCCGUGAGGACUGGGUUGCGCGCAACGACUCGCUUCGAGGCACGAUACGAUACAAGAUCAACGAGAACGAAUCUGUCACGUUUGACCGCAGCAAGCUCCACUAUCGUGCGGCUGCAUCUGAGAUACGCUCGGCCAACAUGGAUCUGGAUAUUCGAUUCUACGACCCGAUCACAGGCCACAUUCAUACCGAUGUGACUGCCAAGGACUUUGGAAUGCAACGGAUCGAAACUCUGUUCAACCAUGAAAACAUCUACUUCAACAUCCAGCAGUCCGAUUUGGUUGCCAGGAGCUUCUUUUGUUGGGACCUCACCAAUAGCGAGUACUGGUUCCCGUUCCUAUCAGAAACAUCGGUACAGGCUCCGGGAAGCAUCCCGUGCUUCUACUCGACCCCAGAGUCACUCAGCUCUCUCCUCUACCAGCCGCUCAAGACCGAUGCCGAGCAACUCUCCAGUUUGAUGGAGUACAUCCAAUUAUAUCGGCGCCACGUACUCUUCAUUCCCACCACCAACUUCCACAUUGAGGGCUGCAAGUACUUUCAGUCGUACUUGGACGCCUUCUACAGCGACCAUCAGGACAAUAUGAAUCAGGCAAAGUCGCUCUUGAUCAACCUCGAUGCUGCCAUGUCGACUACAGUGCCGUCGCGACACUACUGGAAGGGUUGGGUGCUACGCUUCAAGGAGCUCAAUGUGGAUCUGAUUCUUGAGCAGCUUGCAUCGCUCGGCUACCUGGACAUCUCGAUCCCAAAUGCCAUGUUUGUCAUUGCACUCCGAUCGUAUCCGUCCACCUGGUUUGUGACGCCAACAUGGGUUGGCAUUGGAUACAUCGCUGACAUCAUCGGAAUGGACCUCUACCGCCCCCGCGACUAACGGUUCCACUCAUUUGGAACCUGGAUAGGACGGCAGCACAAAUACACAGUACCAAUCCGUAAUUGCG